UCCUGCAGCCGUAGGGAGAGAAAGCGAAGCGGGUCAGCAAAACACCCUCCUCUCUCUGCGCGCGAAAGCCCAAAGCCACGCUGGAGCCCCCGGGGAGUUUUAUGCCGAGUUAUUCGUCCCUUUAAUCUUCUCACUCCCCAUCUCAUGUUCAAAUGCAAGCUGGACAUGGUGCGGUGGUGCUGUUUGCUUAUGCCUUAUAAUCUGUACACACACACACACAAACACGGUGCUCAACUGGUCAGAAAGUUUCAUAAUUGUCUACGCUCCCGCAGGGUUGCCAACUGGUCCAACAGCAACCGCCCCAGUUUGCUUCUCUGUCCUUGACAGGUUUAUGAUAGGUGCUGCAAUCAGCAGGGCGAUGGUUCUCUGGCAGAGCAAACUGCUGUUCAAGGGACAGCCACUUCAAAUAUUGGAAGAGGUGUCUGCCCUGACCCUUAGGGCACAAGCACCUUGUUCCUUUCCAACAGCCAGGCUGUUAGGGCUACUGGCCACAACGUGAUCUCCUCAUGUGGAGCAGCAGUUUGGCUCUAGUCAGCUGUCUGUUCCUGGCAGUAAAACUUGACUCUUUAAGCAAAAUCUGUGAGUGCCUCUGUCAUGAUCAAGUGGUGCUAUUGCCUUUCCAGAGUCAGACCACACUAUUUAAUAGGAGACUCACAUAAAAAAUCCCUGUGCCAUUUCUCUCCAUUACCUACUGCCUUCCAGGCAACACUGUAGGAUACUGUGGCUCCAGCUCCACCAGCCCAUUGGAUAUGAAUGGUCACAGUUGUCGGGGUCUGGCUUUCACCCUGCAAGAGAGACAACAGCUGAAUAUUCAUGGACUGCUACCUCCUUGUUUUCUUAGUCAAGACGUUCAAGUUUUAAGGGUUCUUAGAAACUUUGAAAGACAAGCAUCAGACCUGGACAGAUAUAUUCUGCUGAUGAGCCUUCAGGAUCGAAAUGAAAAACUAUUCUAUAAAGUGCUGACUUCUGAUAUUGAAAGAUUCAUGCCUAUUGUUUAUACUCCCACUGUGGGUCUGGCAUGCCAACAAUAUGGUAUAGCAUUUCGGAGGCCAAGAGGACUCUUCAUCACUCCCCAUGAUCGAGGACAUGUUGAAACACUGCUUAAAGCAUGGCCUGAAGCUGUCAUCAAGGCUAUUGUGGUGACUGAUGGAGAACGUAUUCUUGGCCUUGGAGACCUUGGUUGUUAUGGAAUGGGCAUCCCAGUGGGUAAACUAGCACUUUACACAGCAUGUGGAGGAAUGAAGCCCCAGGAGUGUCUGCCUGUUAUGCUUGAUGUGGGAACUGACAAUGAGGAGUUGCUAAAAGAUCCUUUGUAUAUUGGGUUGAAACAUAAACGAAUCAGAGGCCAAGCUUAUGAUGAUCUUAUUGAUGAAUUUAUGCAAGCUGUGACUUCCCGGUAUGGCAGAAACUGCCUCAUUCAGUUUGAGGAUUUUGCUAAUACAAAUGCAUUCCGUCUUCUGAAUAAAUAUCGCAACCUAUACUGCACUUUCAAUGAUGACAUUCAAGGAACAGCAUCAGUGGCUGUUGCAGGACUUCUUGCUGCUCUACGGAUUACUGACAAAAAACUUUCAGAUCACACAAUACUGUUCCAGGGAGCAGGCGAGGCAGCUCUGGGGAUUGCCAAUCUGAUUCUUAUGGCCAUGGAAAAGGAAGGGACACCGAAAAAUGAAGCCAUCAAAAAGAUAUGGAUGGUUGAUUCUAAAGGAUUAAUUGUAAAGGGCCGUGCCUCACUAACAGCUGAGAAAGAACCGUUUGCCCAUCAACAUAAAGAGAUGAAAAAUCUAGAAGAUAUUGUUAACAGUUUAAGGCCAACUGCUCUUAUAGGAGUUGCUGCCAUUGGUGGUGCAUUUACAAAAAAGAUUAUCCAGGAUAUGGCUUCCUUCAACGAGAGGCCAAUUAUUUUUGCUCUCAGUAACCCAACUAGCAAAGCAGAAUGCUCUGCUGAGGACUGCUACACUCUAACUGAAGGGCGUGGCAUUUUUGCAAGUGGAAGCCCUUUCGAUCGUGUCACUCUUCCAGAUGGACGCACAUUUGUUCCUGGACAGGGUAACAAUGCUUAUGUGUUUCCAGGAGUUGCCCUUGGAGUUGUUGCCUGUGGAAUAAGACAUAUAAGUGAAGAAAUUUUCCUCACAACUGCAGAGGUCAUAUGUCAACAGGUCUCAAAGAAACACUUAGAGGAGGGCCGUUUGUAUCCGCCUUUAGUUUCAAUUCAAGAUGUCUCUCUGAAAAUUGCUGUGAAAAUUGCAGAGAAUGCCUACAGCAACAACACAGCCACUUUCCACCCUGAGCCAGAAGACAAGGAAGCAUUCAUCCGCUCCCAGGUUUAUAGCACUGACUAUGAAAGCUUUCGGACAGACUCUUACACCUGGCCCCAAGAAGCCAUGCAAAUACAGACUGGGAACUUUUAACAGAAAGACAGCAGCACUGCAACAAUACUGGAAGCACUCAGAUAUUUGGUAGCUUUCAACUUUUGUCAAAUCAUAGCACAAUUUGUCAGAACUCAGGAUAUAUUUGUUUUCCUUUCUAGCAGCACUGAAUACUUUUUUAAGCCAUGAAAUUUUGGUAGAAUUGUUAUAAUUCUUUCACUUUAAGCUAAUAAAUUAAGCUAAAAUAGCACACGCCUAAGAAAAUAAAAAUCAAUUUAGGCAUUUUUAAAUAUUUCUUUUGAAGGGGCUCUGCUAAAUUUAUGACAGAGCAGUACUGUAGAAGCACAUUUAAAAUGUACUUUUCAUAUACAUAGACAUCUGUAUGAAAUUAUGGUCAUAUAUUACAGUUCUGCGAUAUUGCAAACAAAUGAUAAAGCAAUAUAUCAUCAGUAUGAUCA